AUGGCUGGCCUCACUGCGAGAAGCUGGGUCGCCCUCGUCGUCUACGCCGUCGUCAUGGGCCUCGUCAUCAAAGGCUUCACCAUCCCUGUGCCCCGCGUCAUCACCGUCCCGCUCCUCAAGCUCGCAGUCCGCUGCCGCAUCCUCGACCCGCCCGCACUCGCUCAACCCACCUCGCCGCAACCGGACGACUGCGCUCCGCCGUCCCCAAAACCUUCCACCACACCGCUCGCCAACUCAUCGUCCCGCCUCGUGUCGACCGACGCGCCGACGCCCGUCUGGAACAAGCGCCUCUCGCUCGUCCUCGACCUGCGCACCGCGCCCGUCGUCGGCUGCAUCUUCCUCCUCGCCACCACGGUCAUCGACGGCAGCGUCGUUCGACUCGGCAUCGUCGGCGAGGACGGCGUCAGGCCUUACGACGUCCUCGUCCUCUUCAUCUCGCUCGCCUACAUCUCGACCGCCCUCGACUCGACCGGCGGCCUGCGCGCCCUCGCCUUCUGGAUCUCGCAAAAGUCGGCUCGGCACCCGCCCAACUCGCCGCCGUCUGCACCAAAGACGGCCUCGGGCCUGCGCCUCUUUACUAUCCUCUACUGCUUCUGGUUCUUCUUCGGCGUCCUUGUCGGCAACGACCCGAUCGUCCUCAGCGGCACCGCUUUCCUCGGCUACUUUACUCGCGCGACCGGCAUCGCGGCCCCGAGGGCUUGGACGAUGAGCCAAUUCGUCGCCGCCAACGUCGCCAGCGCCGCACUCGUGUCGAGCAACCCGACCAACGUCCUCAUCGCAGGGGCCUGGGGGCUCAACUUCUUGACCGGCUUCACGGCCUACACGAUCUUGCCCGCCACCAUCACCGCCCUCGUCGCCUACCCUCUCCUCCUGUUCCUCUUCACCUUUUUCCGCCCAUCGUCCUCGCCCUCGGACGCCUCGACCUCGUCCCGCCAGCGCUACAUCCCGGCGCAGCUCCUCCCGCCCGACGUCGACCCGCGCUCGGCCCUCGUCGACCCGCGCGGCGCCGUCUUCCACGCGACCCUCAUGCUCGUCACGCUCGGCACGCUCGUCGGCACGAGCUUUGUCGGGCACGACCUCGUCCAGGUGUGGAUGGUGACGGCCCCGGCGGGCGUCCUCGCGUUCGCGCGCGACCUGUGGAGCGAGAGGCGUCCGCCGCGCGUCAAGGACGAGAUCGAGCUCGCCGACGCGCCGACGCACCCGGUCGCGACGCCGCCCGUCGUCGCCUCGUCGAACGAGGCGGUCCCUGCUCGGCCCUGGACGGCGCAGCGCCUCGUCGCGCAGACGUGUCGCCGGUUCCCGACGACGUCGAGCACCGUGUCGCGCUUGCCGCUGUCGCUGCUCCCGUUCGCCGGCGGCAUCUUUGUCCUCGCGCGCGCCUUGACGGCAACUGGGUGGACCGACAUCUUUGCGACGUGGCUCGUCAGGGUCUGCGUCAACCCGGCCGCGACCGUCUUCUUCGUCGGGUACAUCACGGCGCUGUUCCUGUGUCCGCUGUGCGGCACCAACAUCGGCGGCACGAUCCUCGCCGUCGAGAUCCUGCGGUCGCCGACGUUUUCGUCGUCGGCGCGCGUCGUCGCCGACCCGCGCAUCCUCCAGGGGGCCAUCUACUCGCUCGCGCUCGCGAGCAACGUCGGCGCGCUGAGCUGGACCGUGUCGAGCUCGCUCGCCGGCCUCCUGUGGGUGCGCAUCCUCGCGCAGAAGGGGAUCCGGGUCACGCAGCGCGAGUUUGCCCUGUGGCUCGGCGGCGGAAUGUUGGUCCUGUUGGAGGGCGUCGCGUGUGCGGUGGUCCUCCUCGAGGUGUACUACUGGAACUUGUAG